UCGUCAGUUAGCUGAGAUUCUUCCCGUUAAUCUGGUAUAACACAUUAAUAGGUUCUUAAAUAUUAAGAUGCCCUGAGACACGGUGUCGUGAAAAAAAAAGACCCGCCGAAGGGGUCUUUGGGGCUUAACAGGUUUUAAGGGAGAACACUUAUUGUUUGUGACUGGACAGAGCCGACAGCACCACGUAUUUCCUGUUUGGUACUGUUCAGCUGUUUCUUCACGAAUUUUAAACUGAGGUGGGAAGAAGAGAUGGAAAUCUUAAGGGAAUAUUCUAACGAAGGAUAUACAUACGAUGUUAUCCUCGACAUGCUGUCAACCCAUCACAACAUCAACAUGUCCCUUAGAACCAGGGGUGUAGUGCUGCCGGAGCGUCGCUCCGGUUGUUAGCAUCUGGUUAGCUAGCUAUGCUAACGUACAUAAGGAGUUGUUUCUAUCAUAACAAGGUGGAGGAGAGUCCUCACCUGUCAUACUGAGAGGAUCGUUAUGGGCCAGUGACGUCACCGAUGACAAACGAAGCCUCGCUGCCCCUCACGUGACUGCUUCAGAAAGUGUUUUAGAUCGGUUGAACCACAACGCUCAUAUUACCCAUGGAUGCAGGGGCGGACUGGCCAUCGGGACGUUCGGGAUACCGUUUCCCUGCAGCGUCGAGGCUCUGGUGACAGUUCACUCAGCUGGAAAGCAGUUGACUUACAACCGCAAGGUCCCUGGUUCAACGACUGGCCAAUAAUUGCUGGUGCUCCACCGAGCUGCAGGAGUUAUAAAGAGGUUGCCCCUACGCUGGAAACAGACUAAAAAUAAACAUCAGCUGGUACUGGAGCACCAUAAAUAGAGUUAUUAUGGGAAACACUAGUGACCGGGUGACUGGAGAUCGCCAUGGAGCCAAGUCCCAACGCUCCGACAGCAGCGGCAGCCCCAAAGACCAAGAGCACAGCGGCAAGAUGGUGGACAGCACCGACGACCCCAACAUCUUCAACACCCACGGGCCAGAGACCAAGCCGUUAGGUGAGAAAGAAGCCGAUCCCACUGACCAGGUGAAAACGGGUCCUCAGGCUCGACCCACAGUCAUCCGCUGGGCUGGGGGGGGAAAGGAGGUCUACAUAGCCGGUUCCUUUAAUAACUGGGGCACAAAGAUACCGCUCAAUAAAAGCCAUAAUGACUUUGUAGCCAUCCUGGACCUGCCUGAAGGAGAGCACCAGUACAAGUUCUUUGUAGAUGGACAGUGGGUUCAUGAUCCCUCAGAGAUGGUUGUGACCAGUCAGCUGGGCACCAUCAACAACCUGAUCCAGGUGAAGAAGUCUGACUUUGAGGUGUUUGACGCGCUGCAUGUCGACUCUCUGGAUAGCUCCGACUCAGAUCUGUCCAGCUCCCCUCCAGGUCCUUACGGCCAGGAGCAGUACGUCUUCAGACCGGAGGAGCACUUCAAAGCCCCCCCUAUUCUCCCCCCCCACCUCCUCCAAGUCAUACUCAACAAGGACACCAAUAUAUCGUGUGACCCCGCCCUGCUGCCGGAACCCAACCACGUCAUGCUCAAUCAUCUUUACGCUCUCUCCAUUAAGGACGGAGUAAUGGUGCUGAGUGCUACUCACAGAUACAAGAAGAAAUACGUCACCUCUCUGCUCUACAAGCCUAUCUAAACCUGAACUUGAUUGCUCCACAGUGCUUUUAGAGAGCAGCAUGUCUGUAUUCUGCUGUUUAUUCCCUGUUUCAUCACAUUUAGCCAAACCUUGCACUGAAACAGGUUUACAGGUGAGCGAAGGCCAGCAGCUGGGGCUUGGUGUUUAAAAAAGGCUGCACUUCUGUCUACAUAGGGCUCUGAACACAGUUAGUGUGUGUGAAGGGCUUCAGAGAGAGGAGGAAACAUACACUGGCUUUCACCUGCAACUCUACAGACAGAUCAGAGACUGACUAAAUCACUGUGUGUGUGUGGAGUGUUUGCUGCACAUUGUGAAUAUAUGCAUGUCCGUGUUAAACAAGGAGGGAGAUCUGUGAAGCAUCACUUUCUUUACUGGUGAUUUUAAUGAUUUGAUGUGGAGUAACAGUUUAAUUUCAAAGUGUUGUGUGAUCAUAUCCUCCUUGAACUGAUUUCAAGUGUUGAACUACUGACUUGACAGCGUUUAUGAAAGGUGCAUGCAGUAGAGAAUAGGUCAGUGUCUAGAUGCUAAAGCAGACUUUGGAUUAGUUCAACAUAAAGUGCAAUAACGUGCUGCUGUAUCCUCUUACAUGAUAAUAAAGAAUAGGAUGGGGAGGAAGCAGUGAACAACAUCUUGUUUUGUCAGUUAUAGUUACAUGUGCUACAUUAUAUUGACUUUCUCAGCAUUCAACCGUUAUUCAGUGCAAUUACAACGUGAAUUAAACUAUAAACAAGA